AUGCCUGACACCACAGAAACUACUCUGUCUGACACCACAACAACAAUUGGUGCAACAAGAACUUUGAAUUCCACAACCACCCCUCCAACAUUCUCAACUAUAGCACCAGCAUCAACAACUGAUGCAGCAACCAUAACUCUCAACAAUUUUGUCAUCCACAACAUUCCCUACAACAUCCUCAACUAUAGCACCAGUGUCAACAACAUCAGACCACCAGCAUCCACAACUGAUGCAUCAACUACAACUCUGUCUGACAGCACAUCAUCUACUGAUGCAACAACAACUUUGGCAUCCACAAUCUCCCCUACAACAUCCUCAACUAUAGCACCAGUGUCAACAACAUCAGAUACAGCAACUACAAGUAUGCCUGACACCACAACCACUACUGAUACAACAACAACUUUGACUUCCUCAUCCACCCCUCCAACCUCCCCUACAACAUCCUCAACUGUAGCAACAGUGUCAACAACAUCCGAUGCAGCAACCACAAGUAUGCCUGCCACCCCACAAACAUCCUCAACAAUAGCAUCAGCAUCAACAACUGAUGCAUCAAGCACAACUCUGUCUGACAGCACAACAACUUCUAAUGCAACAACAGCUUUGGCUUCCAUAAGCUCCCCUACAACAUCCUCAACUUUAGCACCAGUGUCAACAACAUCAGAUGCAGCAACCACUACACCAGCAUCCACAACUGAUGCAUCAGCCACAGCUCUGUCUGACAGCACAACAACUACUGAUGCAACAACAACUUUGGCAUCCACAGCCUCCCCUACAAAAUCCUCAACUAUUGCACUAGUGUUAACAACAUCUGAUGAAGCAACCACAAGUACGCCUGACACCACAACAACUAUUGAUUCAACAACAACUUUGCCUUCCACAACCACCCCUCCAACAUCCUCAGCUAGAACUUUGGCUUUCACAACCACCCCUCCAACAUCCUUAACUAUAGCACCAGCAUCAACAACUGAUGCAGCAACCACAAAUCUGUCUGACACC